AUGCUGACUACCGUUUUAUGUCCACGAUGUGUACGGUGUAUUAAUCAUUUUCCGAUUUCUAUUUUGCAAAUUCGUUCUGUUUCAACAGCAAACGAGACUUCACAAUCAUCAUUAGAGGACGAUAACGAUACAAAUAGAAAUAUCUCACGUUUACCAGAUGAUGUUUAUCGGCAAUUUAAAGGUAAGAAUAUCAACAAAAAAGUGUUACUUGUACAUCUACCUAUUUAUAGGAUAGGUUUACCACCUAUUGAUGUCAGAGAACAAUAUCAUACUCGAACAAAAUUACGGACACUCUGGGGUAAAUAUGGUCGAAAAACCGGUAUAGAUCCAAAACUUUGUUGGCCAACCCAAGAUGAAAUGGAUGAGACCAUUGAUGACGAACGUGUAUACAAUAUGGAAUUGAGUGAAAAAUUAAAAAUAGUCCAAGAACGACGCGAAGCCAAACAAAAAGAAUUCGAUCAAAUUCAAGCUAAAGUCGAAAAAAAUCUCAAAACUAUGCCAAAGAUGAUAGAUGAUUAUCGUAAACGUAAAAGUGAACGUGAACGUGCACAAAACGCUGAAAUUAAAGUUAAAAGUGAUUUAGCUGAACAAGCUCGUGAUUUCUAUGGAUUUUCAGUGGAUCCAGAUGACGAACGUAUGCAGUUUAUGUUAUUACAAUUAGAAGAAGCACAAAAAGCGGAAGAUAAGAAAGCACGUAAAGCAGCUAAGAAAUUAGAAGCACAUCAACAAUUACAAAAAUUAAUGGGUAUGGGAUCAACAGCAGAGAGUACAAACGAAGCUGAUGCCGCAGCACCAGUAAACGUUGACCCUCUAGCAGCAAUACCCGAAGCAAAAGAGAAAGAAACCGAUAUGAAACUAUUUGCUAAACUUGUUUCUGAACGUAGUAAAUUAGCGAAAGCAGCAUCGAAAAUAGCUGAAGAACAAGCAGCUGUUCAGUUGAAAGGACAAAAGAAAAAAUGA